AUGGACUACCAAUGGCAAUCCUACACAGGCAACUGGCAGCUUGUUAGAAGGACUACAAUCAGCGCACCUAGGUACGUCUCUGGCUACCAGACACCCCGGCAGAACGGUGGCAAUCAAAACCCCACUAACACUGGCGGUAGCCGGACAGUCGUCCACACCACUGGACAGAUCCCCUCCAGGACGUCCAUCCACACCACCGGCCAGGUCAUCAGGCAGAACAUCGGUAGAGGAUCAGUCCAGACCUCCGCCCUGAACAGUCCCAGGACUGGGGUGAUCUCCUACCAGCAGAUACUGUCCAGACAGAACCCUUCAUCGUCAUCGUCCUACAGCUGUAGGUCCAGGGGGUGUGACUAUAGAUGUCAGGUCGGAAGCAACGGUCAGGUCCAGUGUAUCUGUCCACCAGGUUAUAGACUUGGUACAGACCAGAGGAGCUGUGUAGAUGUUGACGAGUGUGGCCGAUAUCCUGGUCUUUGCCAGCAAGGAUGCCAGAAUACUCUUGGAGGAUACCGCUGCAUCUGCUCAAGUGGGAUGCUUACCGCUAACAGGAGGACAUGCUCUGGGGGAUGCCAGAGCUGUAAUUCCAACAUCAGACCCAAUCCAAGACCCGAUCCGAGACCAAACCCGCAGCCGAACCCAAGACCGUACCCGUUUCCCAAUACAAACACCAAUUCCAAUCUUAAUCCAAACCCCAACCCAGGAUCGUCCUGCCCACCCGGUUUUGUGCAGAGGAGAACCGCAGAUGGCAUUCAGUGUGUUGAUGUGAAUGAAUGUCAGAAUUCACAGUGCGACCAGCGGUGUGUGAAUACAGAAGGAGGAUACAGCUGUGAAUGUGGAACUGGGUUUACACUCUCACCGGACAAACAAAGAUGUAUAGAAGGAGGAUACAGCUGUGAAUUUGGAACUGGGUUUACACUCUCACCGGACAAACAAAGAUGUAUAGAUGUUGAUGAGUGUCGACAGAGCCAGUGGCAGCCGUGCCAUCAUAACUGUGAGAACACCGCCGGUAGCUACAGGUGCUCCUGUAGGCAAGGGUUCAGACUGCAUAUGAAUGGAAGGUCAUGUAUCGAUAUCGAUGAGUGCAGGCAGAAUGGAGGGCCAAGUGUUUGUCAUCACAUGUGCCUCAACACCCAUGGUAGUUACACCUGCCAGUGUAGACAAGGGUUUGAACUCCAAGAAGACAGCAUGACUUGUGGAGAUAUUGAUGAGUGUGCCAGUCUUCCCCAUGGGUGCACAGGAAAGUGUAUUAACACCAUUGGGUCGUAUCACUGUAACUGUGCAAAGGGCUACUCCAGUAUUGCUGGGAGAUGUGUCGAUUUGAACGAAUGCAGAACGGCUAAUGGUGGAUGUCAACAUCUAUGCAUGAACACAGAAGGAAGCUACUUCUGUACCUGCCGAACGGGCUACUCUCUUAGAUCAGACUCUAGGACCUGCUCAAGUAUGAAUGCUUGCGAGAGGUAUGGUGCUGUUUGUGAGUUCGGUUGUGAUGAGGUUGCAGGCUCAUACAGAUGCAGAUGCCCCGAGGGAUUCCAGCUUCAUAGUAAUGGACAGAACUGCGUUGACAUCAACGAGUGUUCCCAGGAGAGGGGUCUGUGUCACUACCAGUGUAUCAAUACCAAGGGUUCCUACCGGUGUCUUUGCCCUCCUGGGUACGAGCUUGGCCUGGAUGGCAGGAUGUGUACUGAUGUGAAUGAAUGCCUUCAGGAUCACGGAUGCCAGUUUGGUUGCGAAAACACGGCCGGUAGCUUCCGAUGUACGUGUCCUCCUGGAUACGAAGGACUCGGAUACGCAGACUGUCAGGCCCCCAGUGAAUGUACAGAUGGAUUGUGUUCACACAAAUGUAUCAACACAGCAGAUGGGUUCAGAUGUCAAUGCCCUUCAGGCUUGAGAUUACAUGACAAUGGAAGACAUUGUGAAGAUGUUGAUGAAUGUGCCACGCCCACUCAGGGAGGCUGCCAGCACAACUGUCGUAACACCCUUGGUAGCUAUGUAUGCUCCUGCGAGGAAGGUUACCUGCUUCAUGUGGACCAGAGGCAGUGCACCCCAGGACCAGACUGUACCACCUGCGAUAACUGCCCCAGGGGCGAGAGACUCAACCACGAGACUGGUCUUUGCCAAGAUCUGAAUGAGUGCAACGUGGCCAACGCAGGAACCACCAUGCCCUGUCGAGACCCCCGCUGCCCUGAUGGACCAGAGCCCAAGUGCAGCCAUUCCUGCGUCAACACCCCAGGGGGCUACUACUGCACCUGUCCCCCAGGUUACACUCUUAGCCCCGAUGGACACACCUGCUUUGAAGUACCCAGAUUCCCUAUGUGUAGCCCAGAUUGUGUGAACGGGGGUACCUGCCGCUAUGCUCCACAUUGCACCGGCAUGUCAGCUUGUCCCACAGCAUGUGCCUGUCUCUGGGGUUUCUUUGGCCCUGCUUGUGAAUAUGGUGAGCACCCUCCGUUUUUGUCAUUCGUUCUACGGAGCAGUGUUGGGACUGAGACAGUAUCAGAUGAGAUAGAGAUUAAGACCGAGACAAUUUUCAUCUACAUGAGCAUGAGCUUCUCGGAUUCCUCCCUAGAAGAGCUCGAAAUGGCCGCUGAACAGGUGUCCAACACUGGGGUUUUAUUCCCCAUCAGCGGUAAUGUAGAAAGUGGAAACGGAGAAAGUUCCCUCGUGGGUUCUAAGAAGGGUGGAACCGUGGAUCCGAGUCCACGUGCCCAUGGGGGUGGAGCCGUGGAUGCGCGUCCACGUCCCCCAAUUAAGAAGGGUGGAACCGUGGAUACGCGACCACGUGCCCGCAAGAUGAUAGCCCAGGUCUCCGCGCCGGAGCCUGAACCAUUUUCGGGGAGCGUCGUACUAGCUCAGAAAACGACGACUCCUCUAGGGCUACCGGACCCACCGGCUAUCGGGUCACCUAAAGACCGGGGGGAGAGCAGCCUCUCCGCCCGGCACAAGAGACUAGGCUCGAUGCCGUUUCAGACUCCCCAAGGGAGCAUCGGCAAAGGGCUAUCAGCCCCUAGUCGCAGGAGACAGCAUAGCCCGACCCCGUCGGACUCUAGAUUUAACCUUACUCCGUCAGAUUCUGCGGAUCGUUCUUCUCGGUCAACGAGCGCUCCCCGUGGGAGAGCUAAGACGAAGAGAUCAAAAUCCGCACAGCCUCCUGCCCCUUCUUCUGUGCCUCCACCGGAGCCACCGAAGAAGAAGAAAAAGAAGGAGAAGAAAUCCGCGGCCGCUACGCCCGUGAGUUCUCAGGCUCGGCCGACCUCGGGGUUUCUUCCCCGUGAGUCCGACCAUGGCACACGCCGCCCGAGCUUUUCACGGGCGCCUGCUACCCUCGGGGCUCCGCCCGGCGAGGAGACUUGGGUCGGUUCCCCCCCUCUAGAGGCGGAACAAGCCCUAUCAGAGGACGAGUUCAAUCCCGAUCCUCCGGGUAGCCCAGCCCCCCAACCGGCGGGCAGUAGGGCUCAGGACGCCACAGAGAUCCUCCAUAAAUAUCUCCCACAUAUCUACCCUCCAGACGAGCCGGUAGAGGGAGAUUUGGACUCUCUCUUCUUCCCACAGCCUCAGAAAACCCCACAGGGUAUUCCGCUCACUAAUGACUUUAAGGCUGCAUACGAAAGGGCGGCCGCACAGGCUAGCGUGCCUGCCGCCCAGGGAAGGAAGCCGGUAGCCUUCGGAAAGGGUUUUGCCUUCUCCAAGGAGGAUACCGAGGCGUUUUUCACUCCCAAAACGUUUUCUCCCCAGCUUAACCGCAUCGGGGCACGUUUGGGGACACGCUUCUCUUCCAAUCACUUUGCUACUGUGGAGAAAGCGGAUGUUAGAUAUGAGGCCUUGUCUCGUUCAGCCCUCAGACUCACAGCCUUCCUCGGGGCCUUGCUCGGCUUGCGAGCACAGUCCUCUGAACUGGAAGUGUCAGCCAACGACAGUGUCCUUCUUGAUGAGGCACUUUUGUCCUUGGUAGGCGAGCUCUGGAUGCAGCUAGCUACUACAGCCACUACUGCAUCCAACUCGCGCAGAACUCGCGUCCUUAACAGACUGGGCAUCGCGUCCAAGGACUUGCUUGAGUUCCUCCCAGGCGUUCCCCAAUCGAACAAACAUUUGUUCGGGGGCGAGGUGGCCUCUCUUCUAAAAGAAGAGAUCGAAGGACGCAAACAGGCCUCGGAGCUUCUCAAAGAGCUCAAGGCCUCGCGCCCGACGGCUCCACCGACGAAGAAAUCGACCUCCAAGGCUCGACCUUCUUCUCGCCCCGUGGUGACUCCACCCCAACCCCGUGCACACGCUCCGCCUAAUCACAGAGCUCGCACUAGACCUCCGAAUGGAAACACUAGCAUCCAUUCUGCCGUCUCUGCAGGCAUCGGAUUGGGCCGCCUCCCUAGAUCUCAGGGACGCCUACUUCCAUAUUCCAAUUCAUCCCGCAUCACGGGACCUAUUGGGUUUUCGCUUCAACGGAGCGACUUACAGGUACCGGGCAAUGCCCUUCGGUUUACGCCCGGCACCCAGAGUCUUCACCCGGGUGGUCACAGCAGUGGCCGCCCACCUAAGAGAACGGGGGCUCAGACUCUUCGUUUAUCUAGACGAUUGGCUGUUGGUUGCAAGUUCAAAGGCCAGACUUCUGUCCCACUUGUCCCUCCUCCUGCGGAUCACCCAGGAGUUGGGAUUCGUAGUCAACUGGGAGAAAUCGGACCUAUCACCUUCCCGCGUACCCACAUACUUGGGCGCGGUUCUAGACUUGCCAAACCAGAUCGCUCGGCCAAGCCCCGACAGAGUUCGGGCAAUCGUCGCUCUGGCCCGCUCUCUCAGAGAGCGAAGCUUCGUGAAGGCUCGCACGUGGCUGAGAUUACUCGGGUUCAUGGCAAGCCUUGUCGACAUUCUACAAGAUUGUCGCCUGCUUAUGAGACCCUUUCAGAGAUACCUCCUGUACUAUUACAGACCGAGCGUAGACUCUCUGCUUCUUCGGAUCCCCUUAUCACGGGAGAUCCGUCUCAGCUUGGCCGCCUGGACACAUACGUCCUUUGUAGCGAGGGGCAAACCCUUUCGCACUCCCCUCCCAUCAGCCGCUCUGACCACAGAUGCGUCGCUUACGGGAUGGGGCGGCCAUUGUGCGGGGGAGAUGGUCUCGGGGGUCUGGUUACCUCAACGCACCUUACCUCAUAUCAAUGUGUUGGAGAUGAGGGCUGUCAUCAAUUCCCUUCAGCAUUUCCGACACAGGUUAGUCGAUCGAACGGUCUUGAUUCGCACAGACAACAAGUCAGUUGCAGCGUACAUCAAUCGCCAAGGCGGCACCCGAUCAAGCUCUCUCAACGUCCUAGCUGCGGAGCUCUGGGAGUGGUGCCACCGUGCGAAGAUCGUUCCAGUUGCCUCGUAUAUACCAGGCAGCGACAACCUGAUAGCCGAUUUUCUGUCCCGGGGCCGGUGCCUACCAUCCGAAUGGUCGCUCCACCCGGAGAUAUUUCAGUCUAUCCAAGUCCACUGGGGACCCCUGGAAAUAGACUUGUUUGCCACGGCUCUCAACCGGAAGCUGCCGAUGUUCUGCUCUCGUGUCAACGAAACAGAAGCAACUUCCCUGGAUGCAUUCUCCAUUCAUUGGGGGGAUCGGAGGUGUUAUGCGUUUCCUCCGUUCCACCUAAUACCGCAGGUAUUGAGGAAAGUGAAGGAAGAUCAAGCUUGGCUUCUUCUAGUGGCCCCCAAUUGGCCAAGGAGGCACUGGUUCCCGCAACUCCUCGAACUGUUGGAGGGGGACCCGCUCACACUUCCUCUGAGAUCAGACAUAGUAUCUCAACCUCUGUCGGGGAUCACGCAUCCUCGGCCAGUGGUCCUCCACUUAACCGCAUGGCUGUUAUCGGGCAAGACGCAAAAGCUCUAGGCCUUUCUGAUCGUGCCUCUCAAUUGGUAAUACAGAGUCGCAGAAACUCGACUCUUGACCUUUACAAUUCUCGGCUGGGCCGAUUUGCAGAUUGGUGCACUGCGCGGUCUGUUGACCCUCGCAAUGCCUCUCUUGCCGCGAUCGCGGAUUUCUUUGUUCACCUUUUCGACAUCGGUCGUUCGCUUUCCACCAUCAGGGGUUUCCGGUCGGCUAUUGCUGCGUUUCAUUCCGGAUUCCCAGAUGGCUCUAACGUCUCAAAUUCCAGUCUACUCUCUAGACUGAUGAGAGCGUUUUUCUUAAAGCGACCGCCGAAGAAAAGACUGACUCCUUCCUGGAGUCUUCCGGCUGUGCUUAACGCUCUGGCUAAGCCUCCGUUUGAGCCUCUAGCAAAGAGCUCCUUGCAUGAUUUGUCUAUCAAAACUGCCUUCUUAAUUGCUGUAGCAUCUGGUCAAAGACGCAGCUCUAUUCACGCUUUGACUACUUCCCCCGGUCACAUCCGGUGGGAACGGCGUGGAGUCCGCUUGAUUCCCACACCGUCCUUUAUUGCCAAGAACCAGACUGCCACCUCUGGUUCGAUCGAGUUCUUCCUAGCUCCCCUAUCAGAUCUUUCCUCGGUUACUGAGGACAAAGUCUGGUGCCCGGUCAGGGCCUUGAAAUGGUACCUGGAUAGAACUAAGACACUUCGCAACUCUGACCAGUUGUUUGUCACGUCGCGCGAGCCGUUUGCGGCAGCGUCACGAGACACCAUCUCCCGCUGGAUCGUUGAAGCGAUCAAAUCGGCUGGUGAUGAUGCUCUCCUUUCAGACACUAGGCCGAGAGCCCAUGACACUCACUUAACUGUUUGUGAAAUUCCCCCUGGUGUGUAUAUAUUUGCAGGUGAAAACCCAGAAGUCUGUCAACCACCCUGUCUAAAUGGAGGCUCUUGUGUGGAGGGAAGGUGUGUUUGUCAACCAGGUCUAACAGGAAGAACAUGUGCCACUGAUAUCAAUGAGUGUCUGCAACGAGACCUUUGCCAGUAUCAAUGCAGAAACACCUUCGGUAGCUACGCCUGUAUCUGCCCGGCCGGCUCUAAUCUCAAUGCUGAUGGUGUCACAUGCAGUAGUGUUGGAUGCUUCCCAGAGUGUAUGAACGGAGGUGUAUGUAACAAUAGCAGGUGUAUCUGUCCAAGAGGAUACACAGGGGCUACAUGCUUCCAAGAUGUGGAUGAGUGUUCUAAUCAGAAUGGAGGUUGUGAGCACAUCUGUAGGAAUAUACUAGGCAGCUAUGUCUGCUUCUGCCCUCUUGGAUCAACAGUCAACCCUGAUGGACAUACGUGCUCAGGCGGUCAAUGCUUCCCACCGUGUCAGAACAAUGGAACCUGUGUCAAUAGACGAUGUGUGUGUCCACCUGGAUUCCAAGGACCAACAUGCCAGUACGAUGUGAAUGAAUGCAUCGUAACGGACAUGAGUCCUUGCAGUGUUCAAUGCGUCAACACCUUUGGCAGCUAUCAUUGCACAUGCCCAGUAGGAUACCAGCUAGGAGCUGAUGGUCGAUCAUGUACUCUACCUUGCGGAAGGGAGUGCUUGAAUGGCGGCACCUGUAAUAGAGGGGUGUGUCAAUGCGCCCCAGGAUUCACAGGGUUGGACUGCAGUCGGGAUAUUGAUGAGUGUGCAAGUGGAUUGAACCGCUGUCCUGAUGCUUGUCAGAACACCUAUGGCAGCUACAGAUGUUCCUGUCCUCUAGGGUUCCAGAUCUCAACUGAUGGAACUGGAUGCAUUGAUUUUGAUGAAUGCCAGGCAGAAGGAUUACAGUGUGCACACCGAUGUACCAACCUACCCGGAAGCUAUGCCUGUACCUGUCCCAUCGGACAACGCCUUGGACCUGAUAGAUUCUCUUGUAUCGAUGUCCCCUGCAUUCCGCCAUGUGUGAAUGGAGGUCAGUGCGUGAGAGGGGCGUGUCAGUGCCCCAUUGGGUUCAUAGGGGAAGACUGCAGCCAGGAGAGACCAUGUGAUGAUGUGUGCCGCAAUGGAGGAUUCUGCUACCAAGGGGCAUGUCAGUGUGGUGCAGGAUUCACCGGGGAGUUCUGUCAGACAAGAGUGUGUGAGCCAGCUUGUAUCAAUGGAGGGGUGUGCAAUGCAGGGGUAUGCCAAUGCCCUUCAGGGUUCAGCGGACUCUUCUGCCAGGAAAGAGUGUGCGAUCCGCCCUGCAUGCAUGAUGGCACCUGUGUUGGGGGUGUGUGCAUCUGUCAGCCAGGAUUUACAGGAAAAGUGUGCCAAGAUUUAGAUUGCAUCCGACCCUGCCAAAAUGGAGGAACAUGUAACUUUGGAGCAUGUGUGUGUCCCACUGGAUAUGAGGGUAUAGCAUGUGAAUUAGAAACUUGCAACCCCCCUUGUCUGAAUGGAGGAACAUGUUUCCAAGGCAACUGUGUUUGUCCACUCCACUACUCUGGACUUCAGUGUGAAAGCAGAGAAUGCUGGCCCCUGUGUCAAAAUGGAGGAGUCUGCCUGGAUGGAUUAUGUGAAUGCCCCUAUGGAUAUCUUGGCCAGUAUUGCCAAAUUAGAUUGGCUGGAUGUGAACAGAGACCUUGUCAGAAUGGAGGGACCUGUGUGAACGGAACCUGUAUAUGUCAUGCAUCUUACUCAGGCCCAUUCUGUAGCAUUGUUGCAAUCACUCCCUGCGAUCCACCAUGUUUCAAUGGAGGUGUUUGCCUCAAUGGCGUGUGUGAAUGUGAGGAUGGAUCGACUGGUCAGUUCUGUCAGCACUCGGCAAGCCUUGAGGCAUUCAAUAUCCACAUCUACCCCAACCCUAACAACGAUCACAUGGUCGGGAAGACCGUGGGCUUCAUCUGUGAGACCAACUCAACCAGUAUGUCAAACAUCCCACAGUGGUAUGACCAGAAUGAUAUGCCUAUCCUCAGCAGAACAGAAGCUCCUGGCCGCCGAAUCUACUAUGAACCGAUUGCUCAGAAUGCUUCCUACCUUAUUGUGAAAGAACUCAAUGAUAAUGACAGAGGGCGCUACGUAUGUGCUGCUGGCCUGACAAUGCGUCUUGCAAUGACCCUAGUGGUCUAUGUCCCCCAGUGUCAAGAGCCUUGUCUUAAUGGUGGAACUUGCUUCAACAAUAUUUGCAUGUGUCGCAGUGGAUUUGAAGGACCACGCUGUGGAAUAGAGAUGGAUCGUUGUCCUGCCUGUGCCAAUGGUGGGUACUGCAUCAACUACAAAUGCAUCUGUCAAUAUGGCUUUGUGGGAACCAUGUGUCAAAUAUCAGUUGGGGAGGAGUAUUACGUGAGACUGACUAUUCCUUCGGACCAGUCCCCUACUGUUGGAGGGAUGGUGACGGUGAUCUGCGAGGUGGUUGGGUGGUCACCCACUGCUGGCCUUCCGGAGAUCACCUGGGUCCUCCCUAGCGGACAGACCAUCUUCAAUAGACAAGUUGUGAACAUAGGGUCCAUGGCCCAGCAAGGCCCGUCAGUGGAGGUACUGUCAGCCACAGCAUCCAGACUGACCCUGAUUAACUUCCAGCCACAACUCUCAGGCAACUACAACUGCAGCGUAGGCGGAGAGGUUGCUUCCAUUCUCUUGACUCUUGAAUGUUGGCCAGAGUGCUUGAAUGGUGGGACAUGCUUCAAUGGGAAAUGCUUGUGUUCAGCAAACUUUAGAGGAGAGCGUUGCGAGGUCCCGGUUGGUGGAUUGGUGGGUCAAUGUUUGAUACCAUGUGCUAGUGGUGGUACCUGUAUCUUUGGACAGUGCGUUUGCCCUGAUGGUUACCAUGGCGACUACUGUGAGAUGGGAGAGCCAGAGAUGAGCUGUAUCCAGGAUUGCUUGAACGGAGGAAGUUGCAUCAAUGGGCUCUGUGUCUGUCCGGAUGGAUACGUGGGCUUCGCCUGUGAAAUACCAAUCUGCUUCCCAUCCUGCCUGAAUGAGGGUGUAUGCUACCAAGGACGUUGCGUAUGUCAGCAAGGGUAUGAAGGCAUCAGAUGCGAAUUUGAAACAUGUUUCACACCCUGUAGCAAUGGAGGAACAUGCGUGAACAGGAUCUGUGAAUGUGCUCAAGGAUUCGGUGGACCCUCCUGUGAAGUGUCUUUAAUCAUCAUUCCUGGCCAGACUGUGAUAGAGAGGGACAACACUGUGUCUUUCACCUGUAUCUAUGAUGCUAACCCAUCCGCUUCACCAAUCUGGUAUGGCCCUGAUGGGACAGUGGUUCCUGCAAUAUCAUUAGUACGAGGUGAUCUAGGAUCUGGAUACUCUGUGUUCGUAGAGGAACUCUAUGGCCAAGGCGUAAGACUCACUAUCCCAAGCAUGGGUCCAGGUUUCCAAGGGAUAUAUACUUGCCAGUUUGGAGGCAUAAUCAACCAAGUCAACGUUAGUCUGGAAAUCACAAAUGGAGCGUCUACCAUUGCACCUCUGACGGGGGCCACUUUGCCCCUCUUGGUCAUCACGACAGCCCCGCCCACCGUCACCCCGCCACCUGCCACGCCCAGUUCGAACUCGUGUACGUUGAUACAGUCAGAUAUAUGUAAUAUUCUACCGUAUCGGUACGCCUCGUUUCCCAACACAUUCGCCAGGGAUGCCGAGAUUGCUCACCUGAUCAUCUCAUCACUCACUCUGUAUUUUGAUGAAUGCUCUGCCAAUGCGACCUUUGCUCUCUGCUACUUGUUCUACCAACCCUGCGAUGCUGCUAACGUCAUGUGUGCCGACGUUUGCGAGAUUGCACAGAAUCACUGCCACCCAUUUGCGAGCCGGAUGUUGACGGUCUACGGCAUGACCGUGACGAGGAACAUGCUGGAACUCUGUGCCAGCCUACCUGAUACAGACUGUAUAAGACCAGACCCGAGGCCUCCUCCAGAGAGCACUGGCUGUCCUGGUGAAUGUUUGAAUGGUGGAGAGUGUCAGGAUGGCAGCUGCUUGUGCCCUCUUGACUUUACUGGAGAACUAUGUGAAACAGAAUUGACUACAGAGAAUGUGUUCCAGAUCGUCAUCACAUCAGACUACGAAGGCAUUGUCUACGAGGGUCUGAACAUAACCGUUUUGUGUGAAGUCCAAGGUUCAAAUCUUCUCAACUAUCCAGUCUGGACUGGUCCAAACGGGCAACAGGUCUUACCGCAGCAACCUGGUGUCUCCGAUCGGAUCUAUGUUGACCAGGUCUCCUCUAACACCAUGCGUCUUGUCAUCAAUAAUGUCCAGGCCACCGAUGAAGGUAGCUACUUCUGUAAUGUUGGUUUGCAAUCAGCUCCAUACACCCUCUACAUUACAGUACCAGACUGCCUACUGGAUCCUUGUCUGAAUGGAGGCUCUUGUGAGGGUGGAGAAUGCCAAUGUCUUGUAGGAUUCAGGGGGCCACGAUGCGAAGAGCCAGUGGUAGUGGAAUAUACCAUCACCAUCAUACCAACACCUAGUGGUGAGAUACCCAUUGGUAGUGAUCUGAGUUUCCUCUGUCAGGUUCAGGGUGCCGACGUCACACCGGUAUGGCUUCACCCUGAAGGGUUUGCCAUCCAAUCAAGGUCACCCAAUUCCACUUUUUUCACCGAGGCAAUCAGCGAUAACACGGUCCGCCUGGUCCUAACUAAUAUCAGACCGGUAGAUUCUGGGUCGUAUCUCUGUCUCCUUGGUACCAGCUUCAAAGAAAUCAACAUCACUGUUCAAUCUGGACCGAGGUUCAACGUGAUUGUUACAUCAAAUUUCACUGUGCCACCCACCCCAGGAGCAGACCUUAUCUUCAUCUGCGAAAUGUCUCGACCCGACACUUCUACGUCCCCUAUCUGGUAUCAUCCCGAUGGUAGCCCUAUUAUUUCACGAACAAUUGGAACAGGAAUAAGUCGGGUUUACUCUGAGAGCAUCUCCUUGUCCGCUACCAGACUGAUCAUUCUUGGUGCCACUGAGUCGGAUCAAGGAAUAUAUACCUGUAGAGCAAGGCCUCUUUCUGCUACCCUCAAUAUCACAUUGAUUGAUGAAGGCUGUUAUCCAGCUUGCUUGAAUGGAGGAACAUGUAUUGGAGGUGAAUGCCUGUGCCAGUAUGGCUAUGAUGGGGAGAUCUGCGAGAUAAGAGUUGGUCAAGAGGUCUGUUACCUUCCUUUCUGUCUCAACGGAGGGACGUGUGACAGAAGCAUCUGCUACUGCUUCCCAGGAUUUACAGGACAACACUGUGAAAGCAGAAUUGCCACAGAGUAUAACAUAACCAUCACUACAGACUUUGAUCGGAGGCCGCUAAUUGGCGAUGAGCUCAUGAUAAUGUGUCAAGUCCUGUCAGAUAGAUUGUCUUAUCCUCAGCCGGCUUGGAUUGGGCCAGAUGGAAACAUUGUCCCUUCACUUGCAGCAGGUGCCUCAAGCCAUGUCUUCACUGAGUUUGUCGGACCAGGUUCCACAGCCCUUCAUAUAAGAGGAAUCCAGGCGUCGGAUGAAGGCCUGUAUACAUGUGAGGUUGACAUGAGUACACAGACUAUCACCAUUACUAUAGAAUAUAAUGAAUGCGUACCUUCCUGUCUUAAUGGAGGCACUUGUGUGGAGGGUGUGUGUAUCUGUACUGAGCAGUACCUUGGAAUCAUCUGCCAGGAAGAAGUCCCUCAGCCCUGCAACCUCCCCUGUCAGAAUAAUGGACAUUGCUAUGGUGGGCGUUGCCAUUGUGCGACAUUCUUCACUGGAGAAUACUGCCAAACAAGAGUUGGGAAUAACUUUGAGAUUACCAUCAAUACGGUGACCUUUGAACCUCCGAGUGUUGGUGACAAUGUGAGGCUCUCAUGUACUUACAUUGGUGAGGCAGGAAACCAGCAACCGACUUGGAUAAACCCUGGCGGAGAACUAAUCAGGCGACUUGACCAGGGUGGCAGCAGACACUUGAGUGUUGAGGAGGAAUCAGCGAUGACAACAACAUUGGUCAUAAACAACAUUAUAGAGACAGACUCUGGCAUCUACACGUGUACAGUUGGAGAAUAUGACAAUGAGUUUGACAUCACUAUACGGGAAGCGGAGUGUGUCCCAAGAUGUGAGAAUAACGGUCUAUGCAGUAUGGGCAUGUGUAUGUGCACUGAAGGAUUUGGAGGAUUGGCUUGUGAAUUCCAGAUUACCGAAUGCGAUUUCCCCUGUGCAAAUGGAGGAACCUGUAGCAAUGGCCAGUGCAUCUGUCACCCAGAAUUUGAUGGCUCAUUCUGCCAAAACAGGAGGUACGUUGAUGAAGGUAUCCAGAUCAGCAUCACUCCACAUGUUCCUAGGCUUCCUCCUGUUGGUACGGAUCUACAGCUCAUCUGUGAGAUAGACAACCCUCAAGGUUUCCAGAGACCAGUCUGGCUCAAACCAAAUGGAGAACGUGUUAUACAGGAUCUAAACCUCUUCUGUGAGAUAGACAACCCUCAAGGUUUCCAGAGACCAGUCUGGCUCAAACCAAAUGGAGAACGUGUUAUACAGGGUGAUGCUUCUCACAUCAACUCUAGGGCUUUAUCCCCAAGUGCAACACAACUCAACAUCCGAAUGGUGGAGAGAGGAGACUCUGGCAUCUAUACCUGUGUUAUUGGAUCAUACACAAACACACUCACUGUAAUCUUUUACAAAAUGCCCUGUAUACCAGAGUGUCAAAAUGGAGGGUCAUGUUCAGAUGGCAUUUGUCUGUGUGCUCCAGGAUACACUGGCUAUCAGUGUGAACACAGAGAGUGCAUGCCUGCCUGUAUUAACGGAGGAUCGUGUGUGAACGGAGAUUGUGAGUGCAGCCCAGACUAUGAGGGCCAAUUCUGUGAGAAUGUCAGGAAACCUGUGACAAUCCGUUUUACACCAAGCAUCAGUGACAUGCCUGUAAUUGGUGAUGAUCUGACGGUGGUUUGUGAGAUUAUUGGUAUGACCGACCUGACUGAACCUCGCUGGAUUGGUCCUUUGGGAAACCCCCUUCCUGUAUUUGGAACAGCUCCUAACCAGCGCGUCGGAGUGCAGUACUCAUCCGGAACGGCAACCACGCUGGUACUGAACAAUCUCCAGUCCAGAGAUGCAGGCAUCUACACAUGUACUCUAGGACCUCUGAUCAGCUAUUUCACCAUCACCGUAGCUGCACAAGUGGAUUGUUCUGUGAUCUGCCACAACGGAGGAAGUUGUGUAUCUAACCAAUGUAUCUGCCCAGAAAACUUCAAUGGACCACAUUGUGAACGAAGGGUCGGGCCAGAUUAUGUCAUCACAGUGUCCCCACCACUAGACCAGCAACCCAUUGUUGGAAACGAUAUCAGCUAUGUAUGCCAGAUCGCCACCACCAGCAACUAUCCUCGUCCUGCCUGGACGUCCCCAGGAGGUGUGGCUGUCUUACCCAUUGGACAAGGUGGAUCUGAUCACUUGAAUGUCCAGUAUCUGUCUGAUCACGAGUCACGUCUGGUCAUUCAAGACCUCACACCUAAUGAUAAUGGAAUAUAUACCUGCUACAUUGGAACGCUCACCAACUCCGUUGUCAUCUCGGUUGAAAUCCCAGAUUGUCCUGGCCCAUGUCAGAAUGGUGGAACUUGCUCAGGGGGAACUUGUGUUUGUCCUAAUGGAUUCACAGGAGUAUUGUGUGAUAGACCAGCAUACACCAUUCAAAUCCGACCUGUCGGUCAGGCCAACACUAGAAUUGGUGGAAACAUCAGGAUGUCAUGUGAGAUAGAGGGCGCUAGACCGACGUACCUUCAACCUAGAUGGACUGGACCUGAUAACCAGCCAAUCAGCACAGACGCCAACUUGCGAGUGUUCAGCAUCGCAACCUCAACUUUGGCCAAUCAGCUUGUGAUCUCAAACCUACAGCCGGCCGACCAGGGAACUUUCACAUGUACUGUUGGACCAGUCAUUGCCACAUUCUCAAUUGUUGUCGAAGAACCCCGAUGUCCAUUACCUUGCCAGAAUGGAGGCUCUUGCGUCAGAGGAUCUUGCACCUGUCCAAAUGGGUACAGUGGUAUUGCUUGUGAAACCAGGGAUCCUCAAGAUGUCCGAAUCAAGAUCACACCCAACCGUCAAGGUGUCUCUCAGAUCGGACAGGACCUUGAGAUCCUCUGUGAGAUCCUGGGCACCAGCAUCUACCAGAAUCCGAUGUGGAAGGGUCCCUCUGGACAGCUUGUCCCAGGAGCCACAGCGGAACGGAACAACCUCAGGGUCCAGGAAGUCUAUGAAACACCAUCUGCCACCAGGUUGUACAUUAACGGGCUUAGCUCUGCCGAUAAAGGACAGUAUAUCUGCAUGGUUGGACCGGUCAUGGCAAGGUUUACACUCAUGGUGACAGCUCCAAGAUGUAACCCACCCUGCAUAAAUGGAGGAUCCUGUAGCAAUGGACGGUGUAUCUGUCCUCCUGGUUAUAUUGGAGAAUUCUGCCAAAGUCCAGGUGGUUUCUCUCUCAGCAUUCGUCAGGUAGGUAGCACCCCACCAAUACAGGGAGCCAAUCUGCGGUUCUCCUGCCAGUCUUCUGCUCCAGGUCUCCUUCAGAACCCUGUAUGGAGGGAUCCUCGAGGGCAGAGGAUCACUCACCAACAAGGAGGGUCAGAUCGUGUUUAUGUUGAGAUGAUAUCGCCGUCUGCAACAACGCUGGUUAUCAAUGACAUCUCUGCAGCCGAUGCUGGUAGCUAUGCUUGCGUCCUUGGAACAGUUACAUCAACACUCAAUAUCCAUAUCAAUGCUCGAGUGAUCCCAUGUAACCCACCCUGUCAGAAUGGAGGAACCUGUAGUGAUGGAAGAUGUGUCUGCCACCGAGGAUUCUCCGGACAGGCCUGUGAGAGAAUAGGUCAAGAAUGUAUAUUACCUUGUCAGAAUGGAGGGACCUGUAGGAAUGGUAUCUGUCAAUGUCCACCAGGGUUUUCUGGAAUUGACUGCAGAAAUGCUGAUAUCAGGAUCAUACCACCGCCAACCAACACCCUGGUCGUCGGUCAGAAUACUACCUUCGUCUGUGAGAUAUCAGACCAACUGGGUUACUUCAAUCCUACCUGGUUAGGACCUGGAGGUCGAGCUAUCAAUGUUAUGGCUGACAAUGGAAGGUACGUCGUUGAGAGGGUGUCUGACUACGUAUCUCGUCUUCAUGUAGUAAGGGUUCAGCAAAUUGAUGAGGGGGUCUAUGUCUGCACUGUUGGUAUGCUUCGUGCAUCCUUCACUGUAACCAUUGAAGCUCCUGAAUGUCCCUUGCCAUGUUUGAAUGGAGGCACUUGUGUAGGAGGAGGUUGCCAGUGCCAUGCAGGCUUUACUGGAAGGCAGUGCCAGAAUAGAGGACCACCAUUCCAGGUACGGAUCCACCCUCCAGAUACCAGCCAGUUCCUAGUGGGUCAAGACAUCACCUUCCUCUGUGAGGCGCCCCAGGGUAGCCCCUACGGAAGGCCGCAAUGGAGAGGACCUGAUGGCGUGCCUAUAAUGGCUAUCACUCAAGGAGCACCCAGACAUCUUAGCUCCCAGGAAGUUGGGUCUUACCUGACCCGUCUUGUGAUCAGAAGCCUUCGUCUGGACGAUGCAGGAACAUACACCUGUUAUGUUGGACCUCAUUCUUCAACCUUCACUAUCACAUUGGAGAGUACAGGUGGGCGACCCUGUGCUAUCCCUUGCCUGAAUGGAGGAACAUGUAUGGAUGGUAACUGUGUUUGUCCUCAGGAGUUUACUGGACCAGUGUGUGAAAGACAAGUGACGCCAUAUGCAAUCCGCAUCAUCCCACCCACGGACACGUCACCCUCCGUUGGCCAAACGAUCCGAUUCCUGUGUGAGCUUCGACAGGAGGGCCAGUACACCAGCCCCAUCUGGAGACUACCUAAUGGGCUUCCAGUCAGCCCGAGGGGAUAUAUUGGCAGUCAGCGUAUGUACACCCAGAGCACCUCUCCCCAUGCAACAACUCUCAUCAUAGAAGACAUCCAAGGCACUGAUUCAGGGACAUACUCCUGCACAGCUGGUCCUCUCACAACAUCCUUCACCAUCAGCAUAGCAGUUGAACCCACAUGCCCCAGACCUUGUCAAAAUGGAGGGACAUGUGUGAACGGAGCCUGUGUGUGCUUCCCUGACUAUACCGGAGAUCAGUGCCAACUGAGAACUGGAACUCCACCUGGGCGAUACCUCAUCACCAUCACCCCGUCCAUACGACAGAUCCCUCGCAUAGGUUCAAACUUCAACCUGGCCUGUCAGGUAUCCAGUAACAGCCCCUAUCUGGAUCCGCAGUGGAGAGGAGCCAACGGACAGCUCAUUCCAUCAGCUUCAUUGGGUGCAGUUGGGCGUUUAUACACUGUCAAGACAAGCCAGAGAUCGUCCAUCCUCUAUUUCAAUGACCUGAUGAGCUCUGAUGCAGGAAGCUACUCUUGUAGUACAGGACCACUUACGGCAACAGCUAAUAUUACAAUUAGUGGCUCUGGCGGCACAGCUUUAGAGGAACGUUGCUUCCCUCCCUGCGUGAAUGGAGCAACCUGCUCUCAAAGCAGAUGUGUGUGUUUGCCUGGUUAUAGUGGUCAAGCCUGUGAGAAUAUAGAAACCAUCCAUGUCUUGCCUGACAUACCAACACCCGACACUGAGCCCAGGAUAGGUGAUCCUCUCAGACUCCUUUGUCAGGCUCCUAUUGGAAGUACGUACGGAAACCCUAUCUGGUUGGAUUCAAACCGCCAGGCCGUACCAGGAAGAGUCUUAGGUAAUGAGAGAGUGUAUGUGGACUACCCUACACCAGGGGCUACCCGACUGAACUUUGAAGCAUUGAGCCUCCAGGAUGCAGGAAGCUACACCUGUCAAACAGGGCCUCUCACGACCAUCUAUGAGAUUGAUAUUCAAGGUAAUGAAUGUGUGGAACCUUGUCUGAAUGGAGGAACAUGUACAUCUGGAAGGUGCCUCUGUCCCAAUGGCUACAGAGGGCCACAGUGCAGAAUUCAUGAUGCCAAUGCCUAUGUGAUCCGAGUCAUACCUGUGGACCAUACCAUUCCUGUAGUGGGGGAGCAGCUGAGAGUCAUUUGUGAGGUGUCUGCUGAAAGCCCGUAUGGUGCUCCAAAAUGGAUUGAUCCGCAAGGCGAUGAAGUCAUGAGUUUUGCUCCAGGUCCUUUGGGCAAUUUGUAUACUGAAACACCUACUUCGCUGUCAAGAGAACUGGUAUUCACCAGUCUGACGGAGUCUGAUGGAGGCGUGUAUUCGUGUGUAGCUGGUCCAUUGAUGUUCAACCAUACAGUCAUUGUACAUGGACCAAAUAUGAUUGACAUCGAAGAACCUGAGAGUCCAGUCUACAACAUCGGUACCAAUGUCUCCUUCGUCUGUCAGAUUGCUGAGAACAGUCAGUACAGGAAUCCUACCUGGAUAAACCCAAGAGGCGACACUGUACAGCCGUUGGAUGAAGGAGGCAUUGCCCAUCUUCACACCGUACAGACCUCAGCGGCUUCGUCAACAUUAAACCUUGUGGGCGUGUCCCCUCUAGAUGCAGGGACGUACAAGUGUGUCGUUGGAGACUUCCAAUCGUCAGUCAAUGUCAUCGUCAAUAUUGAGGAAUGUGAACCCCCUUGUCUGAAUGGAGGAGAAUGCAUCAAUCAAGAAUGCGUUUGUCAGUUCCCUUUCACUGGACCAAUGUGUGGACAGCUGGCAUCGAUGAGGAGAUGCCUGAGACCAUGUUUGAAUGGAGCGGAGUGUGUAGAUGGUGUGUGUAACUGUCAAUAUGGAUUCACUGGUCCACAGUGUAACCAGACAGAUGAAGGCAUUGUUCGGGUGAGGAUCCCAGAUCAGGAUAAUCCAAUCCUCGGUGCCGAUGUGAGCUACAUCUGUGAGGUACCUCAGGAUAAUCCCUAUGGAUCACCAAUCUGGAUUAACCCAGAGGGACAGCAAAUCCAACCCAUGGGAUUAGGUGGUAAUGUUCACAUGAAGACUGAGCAGAUAUCCCAGUAUGCAACACGUCUCUUCAUCAUGGACAUCCAGUUAGAGGACGAAGGGCAGUACAUCUGUGUUGUAGGGCCUCUUAGAAGACUCUUCAACAUCAUCGUAGAUGAGGUCGCAUGUAUCCCACAGUGUCUCAAUGGAGGAACCUGCCUCAUGGGCAAGUGUUAUUGUCGAGAUGGCUUCACAGGACCAGCUUGUCUACAGAGAAUUCUCAUUUGUGACCCACCCUGUUUGAAUGGUGGAAUGUGCCUUGCUGGAGCCUGUAACUGCCCUGACGGAUAUGGAGGAGAAGCCUGUGAAAUGCCAGGUGUGGAUCUUACGAUCGAUGGCCCAGAGAAUGUCAUCAUCAUGGCGGGGGAUGACCUCCGUCUUGUGUGUGAGGUCAAUGACGAUACCUACGGUAGUCCUAUGUGGUUGGAUACUCAGGGAGACAAGGUUUCUGAAGGUACUCUUGAUGAAGCCAUUGGCACCUACCACCACACACACCUAAAGACAGAACUCGUCAUGUUCAAUGCUCAGGCCUUUAACUCUGGAGAUUAUUCCUGCAUGGUUGGUCCUUUCACAGAAACUAGAACAGUGCUGGUUGCAGGAGAAGAACCUGACUGUAUUCCAGUGUGCAGGAAUGGUGGGGACUGUGUGAAUGGGGUCUGCCAGUGUACAUCAGACUGGCUUGGUACUGAAUGUAAAGUACCUGCUAAUGGUUACAUUUCAAUCACACCUGACCCUGAGCUUCAACCGACACCAGGAUCAGAGAUUAGAUACCUGUGUGCGGUUCAGGAAGGAGAUCAUUUUGUACAGCGCCCUCAAUGGUUCCGCAAUGGACAACUCAUCCCUGCUCAAUUCGGUGAUGUGAGCAAUGUCUUUGUGAAUGUGUUAAACAACAUGAGUUCUGAGCUUGUGAUAAGAAACCUUGGAGAGACCGAUCUUGGUGUUUACUACUGCACCGGAGGACCUGAUGUGAAAUAUACCAAUGUCAACUAUGCUGAGAUAGAAUGCAAUCCACCCUGUGAAAAUGGAGGAACCUGUAACGAUGGAGAAUGUCAAUGCCCUGAAGGUUUCAACGGACCUACGUGCUCAAGACAAGCUGAAGACUUCAUUGUGAUCACCGAACCUCAAGGUCAAAUGUUAGAGGUUGGAGGCAAUGCAACCUUCCUUUGUGAGGUUCCCGAAAGCAGUUCUUAUGACCCGCCCCAAUGGGUCGAUUCAAGUGGUCAACCUGUUUCUCCAUAUGGACAAGGAAGCAAUAAUAGAGUCUAUACAAAAGAGAUCUCCUCCUACGCUACCCAGCUCACUUUUGAGUUCGCUCAGGCCGAGGACUCCAGCCAGUAUGCUUGCAGGGUGGGGCCAUUCACAUACGGUUACAACAUCACCUUUGAAGAUCCUGAUUGCAACCCUGAAUGUCUCAAUGGAGAGUGUAUUGAUAGGAGAUGUGUGUGCCCUAUAGGGUUAGUGGGUAUGCAGUGUAAUAUCCCAGACAAUACUUUCAUCUUGGUGAGUGAGCCACCCGGUCAGCUACCAGUCGUCGGUCAGGAUCAGUCGUAUCUCUGUGAGGUAUCCCGAGAGAAUCCAUAUGGUGUACCGGUCUGGAGAGACAGGGAGGGUAAUGUCAUCAAUCCUGCUGGACAAGGUGAAACAGCCCACAUGUACACGGAGAACCUGUCACCCUAUGCAACUCGUCUGCUCAUCAGUGAUCUGCGUCUGAAUGAUGCUGGAAUGUAUGUCUGCAACGUAGGACCUGUAGACAAACGAUUUACAAUUCUUGUUGAUCCCUUGUCUUGUGAUCAACCUUGCCUGUAUGGAGGACGCUGUGUGGAGGGAGUUUGUGAAUGUUUACCAGGCUUCUCAGGAGAGCAAUGUGAAACACCAAAUUUUGUGAUAUCGAUCGAUCAGACUCAACCAGCUUUGCCCCAGACAGGUGACAGCGUAAGCUUCGUAUGUGAAGUUGAUCACACGGCACCCUACCAGAAUCCAGUCUGGUAUGACCCACAUGGAAACAUCAUAGACCCAAGUGGUGAUUCUCACUACACCAUCAUUGCUCUGGAUCGUAAGGCAACCCGUCUUGUCAUCAAUGAACUGCAGGCUUCAGAUGCUGGGCCAUAUGUCUGCAACGUUGGGCCCGUCACUACUGAAUUCUCUGUUCAGGUUCAACCUGCCCAUUGCAGCCAGCCCUGUAUCAAUGGAGGCUCUUGUGUGCGGGGUAUGUGCGAAUGUACAGAGGAGUUCCAUGGAAGCUUCUGUCAAGUAGGAGUUAAGAGGCCGUUCUCCAUUGAGAUCCAAGGACCACCUAGGGAGAAACCAGAGAUUGGUGAUGAUCUAACUUUGAUAUGUAGAGUGUCUGAGGAAGGACAGGGCAUACCAACAUGGCUGGGACCUGAUAACCAACCUAUCGCUGGAAUACAAACUGGCCAAAGAAUCUUCUCUGAUGUGGAGUCUAAUACCGAGACAGCCUUGACCAUCGUAUCGGCGGAGUCCGGGGACGCUGGCCGUUACAGCUGUGUGGUCGGAAUGAACAGGGCUGACUAUUUGCUUUCUGUGUCAGGACCUGAAUGUAUUGUCCCCUGCUCUAAUGGAGGAACAUGCUUGGAGGGGAGAUGCAACUGUUUGGAAGGUUUCGAUGGUGUUUUCUGCCAGAAUAUCGUUACAAAUGACUACCAGCUUCGGAUCCGCAUCCAGCGUAAUAACCAGUUCCUGGUUGGGAUCAACACCAAGAUCCUGUGUGAAAUUCGGGGCAACACCAAUGAGGUCAAUCCACAGUGGAUUGGUCCUGAUGGAGAGGUCAUAAGGUCGGUCGGAAGAGGAGGUAGUAAGCACAUCAAUACUCGCAGCACCAGGAAGUCUAACCGUCUUAGCAUCAAUGAGUUGCUGGUAGAAGAUGCAGGAGAAUACACCUGCAGAGUGGGUCCCCUGGAAUCUUCCUUUGUCCUCAUCCCCAGGAGUGGAGAGUGUGAAGACAUCUGUACCAAUGGUGGAACGUGUGACAAUGGAGCUUGUCUCUGCCCAAUCGGAUUCGCAGGAAUGUCUUGUGAAAUACCAGUUGGACCAGAAGGAAUUAGAGUGAACAUCACCAUCACCUCAUCAUUGGAUCGCGAUCCAAACAUUGGUGAAGAGAUCAACUUCCUGUGUCAGGUCAGCCCCAACCCACUCUACACCAACCCAAGAUGGCAUGGACCAAAUGAUGAAGUGUUCCCAGUUGUCAACACCUUAGAUCCUUCACGGCCUCCCAUUCAUGCUGUGCAGCUGACGCCCUUGAUGACCCAGCUAACUGUUAGUAGUGUCUCUGAAGAGAUGGUUGGAAUGUAUGCUUGUACGGCUGGACCAUUGACGAGCCUCUAUCCUCUCAACAUACCACCAUCAACCUGCGAGCAGCCAUGUCAGAACAGAGGUGACUGCAUAAGGAGUCAGUGUGUGUGCAAGCAAGGUUUUGAAGGAGAGUUCUGUGAAAUAGAAGUUGAAGUGUUCUACAACAUCUCAAUAACACCCGACCAGGAACUAACGCCCUCUGUUGGUGAUAGUGUCAGUUUCUUGUGCGAAAGCGAAGGUCCAGAUGCACCACUCCCUGUCUGGUAUGAUCCCAGUGGUAACCGCAUUGCGCCCAGUAGGGCAGACAAUGAGUUUGCAUACUCCAUCAGCUCAUCAGACGAUGUGUUUACGGAAACGAUAGAGUCAUCAGAUGUGGACUUAGGUAAUCAAUUGGUACAGGUCAUUUCACGUACCCAAACUCGGCUGGUGCUCAAUGACUUGGUGGAGUCUGAUUCUGGUAUCUACACGUGUGCUGCGGAACCUAAGAGAGACACAGUGGUUGUCAACAUCUUUAUUCCUCGCUGCCUUCCCGAGUGUGAGAAUGGAGGCAGUUGCGAGAAUGGAAUCUGUGAAUGUACAGAGUCUUUCACUGGACCUCGCUGCCAAUACUCAUAUGAGACAGAUUUCAGUGUGGAAUUCAACCCCAUCCAAGACAGUCCACCGUCUGCAGGUCAGAGCUACAGCGUUGCGUGUGAGUUGAACGGACCCGUGGAGAUUGGAAGACCGAUGUGGAUAGGACCUCUGGGUCAGGAAAUAGCUCCAGUGGGACAUGGUGGUGCAGACCAUGUGCAUGUGGAGUUCCAAGGAAUGAACGUCACCACUCUUCACUUAGACAGCAUCUCAGGUGAACAAGCUGGACUUUACAUCUGUACCAUUGGACCUGUUGCUGGAGUAUACAACCUCACCUUAGCUUUACACUGCUCACCCCCAUGUAUGAAUGGAGGUGUCUGCCAGGGGGGUCGUUGUGAAUGCCCCGAGUCUCAUACAGGGGAGACGUGCAGUCAGCCAGUACCAGGAUGUCACAGCAUGCAGGCCUGCUACAAUGGAGGAACAUGCCUUGAGCAUAGGUGCUUCUGUAAGCCUGAUUUCACUGGAGAACUUUGCCAAUUCACUGUGAGCAUCGAUGCCAACCUUCGAAUAGAGCUUGAUCCAGACAAUGACUACACUGAAGGAGGGAAUGUGAGCUUCUUAUGUAUCACCAACGGACCGGAUGCUCCUCUCAAUCCAAGAUGGCGGAAAGGAGACUACCAGUAUAUCCAGUCACCAGUGUUUGGAGAAGGAAACCACAUCUUCACUUCCAGGAAGUCGGCCUUCAUCACGCAGCUGAAGAUAAUGAAUGUCAGUGUUCAGGACAGCGCUAGGUACACCUGUAAUGCUGGACCACUCCAACAGUCUAUCUCACUCACCAUCUACAACAACACCUAUCCAUGUAUCCCACGUUGUGUCAAUGGAGGGCGCUGCAUAGAAGGUAUCUGUCUUUGUCUGGAAGGAUACACCGGUGAGGCCUGUGACGAGCUAGUUCCUGAAUGUCAACCGAUGUGUGAGAAUGGUGGUGAAUGUAUAGAAGGAGAAUGUAGGUGUCCAAGAGGGUUCAAUGGAUCAGCUUGCCAAUACCAGGUUGUGGAACCCAUCUCCAUAGCGAUCCACCCAGAGGAAGGUCAAGUCUUCUAUACCGGAGAGAACAUUGCCUUCCUGUGCCUCACUCAAGGAACGUUUGCCCCAGAGAACCCCCACUGGAAAGAUCCCAGGGGUAGGGCUGUUGGCAUCAGGCAGACCAGUGUGGACCGUAUAUUCACAUUCGCUGUCAACUCCACUGCUACCCGGCUUUACAUCAGGCCUCUCGCAGAGGGAGAUGCUGGUUACUUCACCUGUGCUACUGGCCCUCUGAACAGCACUGUGUUUAUCAGUAUUGAAGAACGACCUUGUCCUCUGAACUGUGCUAAUGGAGGAACCUGUAUGGAUGGCGUCUGCUCCUGUCCUGAAGGCUACCAAGGAUCAUUCUGCCAGAUUGGAAUCGGUUUCCAGUCCUCUAUUGUCAUCAUUCCAAGCAUUGAGAAGAGCCCUAUGGUCGGUGAGGACAUAGAGUUCUUGUGUAGGACCAGUGGAGCCAAUGCCCCAAGGUAUCCAUUCUGGAGGAACCCCACUGGCAAGGUCAUCUCGUCGAAUCCUUCAAUUCGCGACCACCGAGUGUACACCCAGCGUCUGUCAGACUACGAGACUAAGUUGAUCAUCCAUAACUUUACCAACAAUGAUAUGGGUAUCUACCGUUGCAACGGAGGCCCUCUGACAACCACCUUCACUAUUGUCUUGGCAGAGCGAUCAUGCGAUCCACCCUGCAGCAAUGGAGGAACAUGUAACAAUGGAGUCUGUGACUGUGCGGAUGGAUUUAUUGGUGGACACUGUGAACUCAGGGGAUGUUUCCCAGUAUGUAUCAAUGGAGGUAUCUGUCGGGAGGGGUCGUGUCAUUGCCAAGCAGGUUAUGUUGGAGACCACUGCCAAGUCCUUCUACCAGUCAGUAUCAACAUUGUCCCAAGCCAGGAUUCGGAUCCACGCCUAGGAGGAACCAUCAGUUACCUUUGCUCGGUCAAUGAUACCAACCUGGUAGAACCACCUGUCUGGAGGAACCUUCAGGGAGAGGACAUCGCAUAUGACCGAGCUCGUAUCCGUGUAGAGAGUCCAUCCCUUGGCGAGACACGUCUCAUAAUAAGCAACCUUCAGGAAACAGACACAGGCACCUACACUUGUUUAGCUGGCCCUAUAGAGGGCAGUGUCUAUGUUGCUGUCCAACGUGAGUAACCUCUUCCUCAUUUCCGUUUCAUGUACCAUUUGAAACAGUUGUCUUCUUGUAUUUAUAUUUGUGGAAAACCCAAUGAUUUUGAAGAGCAGUUUUACUUUGCUUUUCAUUUGAAAGGUUUUCCUCUUUAUGACCAAUUUCUCUAUUUCAACCUUUUAUUAAUGUGAAAUAAUGCAAUACUGUGGUUUAUAAUUAGAUUUCAAAUGCUAAGGUCAGUAAAUCUUGAAUAACAUGGAUCUUAGCUCAAGUUUUCUUGGGCAUAGGAAUCAAUUGGUUUACACCCAACAUUUGUUUCUAUUGAUGUUGCCUUGGUGAACAAUGGUUUAAAAUCAAUUAGUUAACACUACUCAAUGGGUUAAAACACAACUUUCAUUACCAUUGGAAUUGCAUUGAUGAACAAUGGUUUAAUACCACUGGGUUUACACUUCUCAAUGGGUUAAACACCAAUGGAAUAGCACGGUGUAAUAGGCAAACACAUUUUCUGUUUCCAUUGAACAUUGGAUUUCAAACUUACUCUGCGACCUAAUAUUUUGUAAAUUAUUUAAUAUUGAAGAAAGUGAGGUACUGUAGGAAGAAUGAUAAUAUCGAUGGGCUUUUCUAUAAAGCUGUAUAUGAAAUUGCACAUGACAUUAUGAACAAUUGAAAUACACCUGUAUAUUCUGGUGCUAAAUGUGAUACCCCAAUUUUUUCCUUCAUGUUACGACGUAGUUUGGCCAAAAACCCAGAUAAAAUUUUGACAAAAAACAAAGGUUGCAUUCAAAUGCAUGUUUUAAAUAAGAAUUCGAUUCUACAAUGAUUGGAUUUUAACUUACGGUUAAGAGAAUAAAGAUGAUUGAAAACCUUUAAGUCUUUUGUAAAGUUAUGUAUAACUCCAUACACAGCUUGAAAAUAAAGCUUUCCAGUCCCAGAUAUUUUGAGUACUGUACAGUAGUUUCUAGGUGAUGUGUUGUGUUGAGUGAAAACUGUACCAGUACAAAGAAAAUUUGCCUUUCAUCAAAUAAUGAGUUCUUUCAGAGAGACUGAACAGAGCUAGAAUUUGUUGCUUCAUCUAUGCUGUAUUAGAGUCUAGUUAUUCACAGCCAUCUUUCUGAAAAGGAUACCUCUUUUCAUUCUGGGAUAAACAUUUGAAGAAUAAAUUACUUUUAUAUGAAUGACCGUAAUGCCUAUUGCCCCUUUUGUUGUUAAUGAAAUCAUUUUUCAAAAGUGAAACUAUAAUAUUUUUUUGUGUCAACUUAUUUCAUUUUACAAAGUGUUAAUGUUUAGAAUGGCAAUUUCUUUAAAAUUAUAGAUGAAUUAAAAGCAUCAUUUCAUCAGUCUUCUCCUUUUAGAUAAACAAUGUUUUUUUUUAAUGGUGAUCCUGUACAUAUGUGCCAUGCUCUGUAUAAACAUAAAUUUACUGUGGUAUUUAUGAAAUAUAUUUUUUUUGUGAGAAAUGUAUGAAAAAUUAUAUUUCUGUUUGCAUGCAUUUUGUCUGCAAAGAUCCUUUUGUAUUCUUUAAAAAAUUGCCUCAUUUAGUCAUUUUUUACUUGGUGUGUAUCUGUACAUGUACAUAAACAUGUGAAGUAUAAUUAUCAGAUUCAUUUUUCUACUAUGAUCAAUAAUCCAUUUCUUCUUUUGGUUAAUACAUUUAUAAUAUGGUAAGUUUGUAUUUCCCUCAUGUCUAACAAUAUUGAGUUUUGGAUGUAUAUUUAAUGUGCAUUUAUGUGGUACAUUGUUAACAUUUCUUGCCAUUUUAUGCUCUUUAAACAAAUUCCAUUUACUCUGAAGAGUACUUUAAAAAUUAUAUUACAAUUACUGUUACGAAAAUGUGAAGAAAAUGAUAACUCAAAAUUAUUGAAUUUGAGUCAUGUGUAGAGGAUUCUGUAAAUUAUGUACACUGAGUAUUGAUUAUUUUAAUAAAGUCA